AUGUGGGAAACGGUGAGAAAUCUGGAGCAUUCAAGAUGUAAGAAACGAUUCAGCUGCUCUGAGUGUGGGAGGAGAUUUGCCACCAAGCCACACCUGAAGAGACACAUGAGAACUCACACAGGAGAAAAACCUUUCAGCUGCUCUGAGUGUGGUAAAGCUUUCUCUGAAAGUGGAACCCUGAAGAGACACAUGAGAACUCACACAGGUGAAAAACCUUUCAGUUGCUCAGUCUGUAAGAAAUAUUUUUCACAGAUUGGAUAUUUACAGAAACACAUGAGAAUCCACACAGGAGAGAAGCCUUUUAGCUGCUCAUUCUGUAAGAAAUCUUUUACACAGAGUGGAAGUUUACAGUCACACAGGCGAACUCACACAGGAGAAAAACCUUUCAGCUGCUCAGUCUGUAAGAAAUCCUUUACAGAGAGAGUAUAUGUAAGGUCACACAUGGCAGCACACAUGAUAACUCACACAGGAGAGAAACCAUUUAGCUGCUCAGUCUGUAAGAAAUCUUUUACACACAAUGGAAAUUUAAAGAUGCACAUGAGAAUCCACACAGGAGAAAAACCUUUUAGCUGCUCAGUUUGUAAUAAAUCUUUUAGACAGCAUGGAUAUUUAAAGACACACAUGAGAAUCCACACAGGAGAAAAACCUUUCAGCUGCUCAGUUUGUAAUAAAUCUUUUAUAAAGAGUGAAAGUUUACGGUCACACAUGGUAGUCCACACAGGAGAGAAAAGAUUCAGCUGCAGUGUUUGUGACAAAAGAUUUGCCUGGCGUUCUCAUGUCAAAACACAUAAAUGUGUUGGUGCGAUGGAAACAGAAGCUAAUGGAGAGGACUGUGGAGGACCAGAACCAGCC